AUGACUUGUUAUGACCAAUUAUACCAAACCUAUAUUACAUCUUUAUUUGUGUCUAUUCUCUACCUAAUGUUGGGGAAAACGCGAUCGAAUGAGUCGGUUGUCCAAAGUGUUCAGCAAGAACGAGUUGACAUAGAUGAGGAAAUUCAUUUGCUAAAAGUUGUAUAUAGGAUUUCCAAUGGUUGA